GAGCAGCCUGCGUACCCCCAGCCGGUGCCGCGUCCUCGCCCCUCCGGGCCGCGCGGCGGGAGUCUCCGGGGAGCUAUGCUGAAGCCGGGUGGUGCGGAGGACGCCGCGCAGCUGCCCCCUCGGCGCUCCCGCGCCCCUGUCCCCGCGCCCAGACCCGCUGCCCCCGACGGCUCUCGGGCUUCGGCCCGCCUGAGUCUUGCCUGCUUGCUGCUGCUGCUGCUGCUGCUGACGCUGCCGGCCCGCGUAGACACGUCCUGGUGAAAAGGGGCCCGGAUGCUCUGACAAGGCCAUCUCCACCUUGCAGGUACAUCGGGGCACUGGGGACCCGAGUGAUCUGUGACAAUAUCCCAGGUUUGGUGAGCCGGCAGCGGCAGCUGUGCCAGCGUUACCCGGACAUCAUGCGCUCGGUGGGCGAGGGUGCCCGAGAGUGGAUCCGAGAGUGCCAGCACCAGUUCCGCCACCACCGCUGGAACUGCACCACCCUGGACCGGGACCACACUGUCUUUGGCCGCGUCAUGCUCAGAAGUAGCCGGGAGGCAGCAUUUGUCUAUGCCAUCUCAUCAGCCGGGGUGGUCCACGCUAUCACCCGUGCCUGCAGCCAGGGUGAACUGAGUGUGUGUAGCUGUGACCCCUAUACCCGCGGCAGACACCAUGACCAACGUGGGGACUUCGACUGGGGUGGCUGCAGUGACAACAUCCACUAUGGUGUGCGCUUUGCCAAGGCCUUCGUGGACGCCAAGGAGAAGAGGCUCAAGGAUGCCCGGGCCCUCAUGAAUUUACACAACAACCGCUGUGGUCGCACGGCUGUGCGGCGGUUUCUGAAGCUGGAGUGUAAGUGCCAUGGCGUGAGUGGCUCCUGUACUCUACGCACCUGUUGGCGUGCACUUUCAGACUUCCGUCGCACAGGUGAUUACCUACGGCGGCGCUAUGAUGGGGCUGUGCAGGUGACAGCCACACAGGACGGUGCCAACUUCACAGCAGCCCGCCAAGGCUAUCGCCGUGCCACCCGGACUGACCUCGUCUACUUUGACAACUCCCCAGACUACUGUGUCUUGGACAAGGCUGCAGGUUCCCUGGGCACUGCAGGUCGUGUCUGCAGCAAGACAUCGAAAGGGACAGAUGGCUGUGAAAUUAUGUGCUGUGGCCGAGGCUAUGACACAACUCGGGUCACCCGGGUCACCCAGUGUGAGUGCAAAUUCCACUGGUGUUGUGCUGUUCGGUGCAAGGAGUGCAGAAACACUGUGGACGUCCACACCUGCAAGGCCCCCAAGAAGGCAGAGUGGCUGGACCAGACCUGAACAUAUAAAUACCUCACUCAUCCCUUCACUUCAAACCUCCUGACUCUGAAAGCACAAGAUCUUUGCAUGCACACCUUCCUCCACCCUCAACCCUGGGAUGCUAUAGCUUCUAUUUAAGGACUUGGAGCGUUAUCCGGAGGGACUCUGGUGUCCUGGCUGGUUCCUGAGCCCUGGGAAGGAGUUAACAGGGAAUGUGAGACACAGAGCAGCUCUCUGACUGCCCACUCUGGAGGUCAGAAGGGGUCUUCAGAGCGAAUGAGUUGCACUAAAGCACGCAGUCAAGGCUCA